AUGGCUACAAGCUAUAUGAAUGUUACUGGACUACAUCCGGAUGCGAUAAUGGACCUGAAAAUUUUCGGUCAACCGCGAGAACUAAGUAAUCCCAUGGAAUAUAUGGACCGCGAAGUUCCUAAAAAUGGUCUAAAAUGGUUCAUCCACCUAAAGGAUCUGGCUGAAAUCACUGCGAAAUACGAUCUCAUACACUUGAUUGCUCGCUUCCUAGAUCAGUGGCUCAGCAUUUACCGCGGCGCCUUAGAAGAACCUAAGCGGGAAGACUGGCUGGCUGUAGCUUACCAUUUCGGCAAUGACAUGAUGUAUCCGGAGAUCGCGAAAUAUAUUGCAUUUCAGAGCCAGGUCGACGAAGGAGGAGCUCUCCUGAUCCCCCAAACAGGACUACCUCUUCAGCCGAUUUCUGUACCUCAUGCGUAUUCUUGUAUCUCUGCUGCUCGAAAGCAAGCGCUGUCCCAGUACCUCGACGUCGUCCGCGAUGUGGUCGCCAAACCGUGUUGCGUACCCCACGUUGACAACCCAGCCCAGAAUAACCACGUCUUAGAACAUUACUUGCAGCAACACAGUUUGUACCCUCAGGAGGACCCUCGACGUACCAGGCUCUCCAUUCUUCAAGUCAUGCACCUCCUCACGGAUGACGAGACAGCUCAUCAUACGAGCUCCCUCGAUCUCAAUAAUCACGUUGCCGGUUGCAACGUGCGUACACGACUGAGUGAUCAGGUGCUGCAGGUUGAUAUGGAACUGUCAUGGGCGGCUAAUGUUACAAUCUUGACUCAGAUAGGCAAAAAUGCUGCCAUAAGAGGUCGUUGCUUGCAUCCCAAGAGUCGUGGUGUUCGACUGAUGCCUCGCGAGUGGAGGAACGAGCGAGAAAUAUUCUCCGGGCAAUCCUGA